CUUACUGCCGGGAGAGAUUACAGUAACUAUUUUCCUUAACUUCAAAUUUUUAUCGACAUGAAAAUCUAAUGACAAAAUUGGAACGGGUUUAGUGAUGAUGUUGAUGAAUGACACAAUUCUGAAAUCAAUCUAAUUUCAUUUCACGAGUCAGUAGCAGUCGCUGGUCAGUACUGUCCGGAACGUGACGCCUGCCUGGGUCGCUAUCUCCCGACUACACUUCCUUCAUUUCCUUCCCACAAAUAAACACAACUUCAAUCAAUUUCUACACUCUCUCUCUCUCUCACUCACCAUUUUACCUCGAUCUAACAAUCAAUCAACAUGGAGCUACGGCUUCAAAUCUUUCUCAUUUCUCUGCUCCUCGUCUUACUCCUCCCAUUUUCUUCUUCAUCAAAACCCAAAGACCCACUCCUCGGAAUCGCACCUCAAGAUGAAAAAUAUUUCAAGUCUUCCGAUGUAAUUAAAUGUAAAGAUGGAUCCGCAAAUUUCAACAAAGAUCAGCUCAAUGACGAUUUCUGUGACUGCCCCGAUGGCACCGAUGAGCCUGGUACAUCUGCAUGUCCGAGUGGGAAAUUUUAUUGUCGAAAUGCUGGGCAUUCCCCUGUGUAUCUGUUUUCAUCUAGAGUGAAUGAUGGAAUUUGCGAUUGCUGUGAUGGAAGUGAUGAAUAUGAUGGUAAAGCAAAGUGCCCAAAUACCUGCUGGGAGGCUGGGAAAGUUGCUCGAGAUAAGCUGAAAAAAAAGAUUGCCACAUAUCAAGAGGGUGUCAAAGUGAGAAAGCAAGCAAUUGAACAAGCACAUUUAGCUCUGGAGAAGGAUGCGGCGGAGCUUUCGAAAUUGAAAAAAGAAGAAAGUAUACUUAAAGGGGUUGUGAAACAGCUAAAGGAUCAUAAAGAACAAAUAGACAAGGCAGAGGAGAAGGAGCGCUUACAGAAGGAAAAAGAAGAGAAGCAGAAGAAGGAGGCUGAGGAGAAGGAGAAGGCUAAUGAAAAAAAUAAUAAAGCCGAUGAAGAAGAUACAGGACUUGAAAAUGAAGCUGAAAAGCAUUCACACAUUGAAGACGAUUCUGCGGCAAGCAACCAUGAGAAAAUUGAAGUUCAAGAGGAUUCUCCGGUUUAUCAGGAUGAACCUGAGGAAAAGUUAGCAGACACUCUUGAUAAUUUUGUUGACGCCACUGAUACCCCUGGAAGUGAAGGAUCCUUGCUUAAUAAAGCGGAAGAGAAUGCAAAAGAAUCUGAGAGAGGACCUGCUGUUGAAUCUGAAACUGAUUUGAGGACUGGAAAGCCAGAGUCUUCUGAAGAAGUCGUUAAUAAGGGGGAAGAUGUAUCUGAUAAUACUGAUGGAUUAUCAAAGGAAGAAUUGGGCAGGCUUGUUGCUUCUCGUUGGACAGGAGAAGAUGUUGGUAAGAAAAGUCCUGAAGCUGACACUGCAUUAGACAAUGAAGAUCAGGAAGAUACUUCACAUGGGACAAAUAUAGAAGAGAAUGAAGGAUAUGCUUCUGACACUGACGAUGACAACCAAAAAUAUGAUGAAGAUGUAAAUGAUGAAGAUGUAAAUGAUGAUGAAUUUCAAGAGGAUGAGCACGACGACCUUAGUUCCUCUUACAAACCUGACGAUGAGACUGAAACAGACUUUUCAGAUGUUAGCACAACAGAAGAUCCUUCUUGGUUAGAGAAAAUACAGAAAUCUGUAUGGAAUAUGUUUCAAGCCGUUAAUAUAUUCCAGACACCAGUGAACCAGUCAGAUGCUGCUCGUAUACGCAAGGAAUACGACGAAUCAAGUACCAAGUUGUCUAAAAUACAGUCUAAAAUAUCAAGCCUAACACAAAAGCAAAAACUUGAUUUUGGUCCAGCAAAGGAGUUUUAUUCAUUUUAUGAUCGUUGCUUUGAGAGCAAGCAGAACAAGUACAUUUACAAAGUCUGCCCCUAUAAGCAGGCUACUCAGGAGGAGGGCCAUUCCACCACCCGUUUGGGUCGCUGGGACAAAUUUGAGGAUUCAUACAAAGUAAUGGUGUUUUCUAAUGGUGAUAAAUGCUGGAACGGUCCUGAUAGGAGUUUGAAGGUCAAACUUAAAUGCGGGUUGACAAAUGAGAUUACCGAUGUGGAUGAACCAAGCCGCUGCGAGUACGUAGCUUUAUUAGCUACCCCAGCCCUUUGUCAGGAAGAAAAGCUGAAGGAGUUACAACACAAGCUAGACUUACUGAAUUCAGAACAACCAGAAAGCCAUGAUGAGUUGUGAAAACCCAGAUGAAUUUUAACUGCUAGUGAGAAGAUCAUGCAGCAACUGAAGAAAUGGCUCCCUUAAGUUUGGUAUACUAGAGCUUACAGAAAUUUGAUAUUGGUUGGGGUUAAGGAGGGGCUAGGACUAGGAACGGGCUGGGAAUCCUUAUGGCUCUUCCAGUUUGGCAACAUUCUGACAUGACCAAUUCCUUAGAACAUUUUUCUUAUAUUAAAAUCACAAUUACUACUUGGUCUGUGGCUCUCCUUCAGAUUGUCCAUUCCAAUUUCGGGAUUGAUCUUUAUACGAUGCAAAAUACUAGGCGGCCAGAGAUUCUAAAACUGAAUUUUUGUUAGAAAUGAGUUGACACCAUUAUUAAUUUUAGAUGGAAAAGUGGUUUGAACAACCAUCUUAUAACGUU